CUCACACUCUCAGUCAGAGCGCGGCGUUGACAGCCACUGAUCAACCCACUUUGUCGGGGUUCGAGUCUCCGUGCAAGACUGCUGCAAAAGAAACUCUGACUUGCUUUUUAUUCUUGCAAAAGCAAUCCGUGCACAUCCCACCCGGAGACACCGUCCACGCCUGGAAAAUUCACUGAAGAGUGAAAUUAAACAAACAAACAAACAAAAAUUUAAAGUAAUUUUUUUUUAAAGAAUCCCCACUGUAUCUGCCCAACAAUGUCUGGAGAGGACGCACCUGCCCAGCAGCAAAACGCCGUGGACCAGAAGCAGGAGACCAAGCCCGCCGAGGAGCCCAAAGCCGAGCCCCCCAAGACUGAGUCCGCGGAGGCAGCGGCCACCCCGGCGGCGACCACCGAGAAGGCCCCCGAGGAGGAGACGUUCACCUACCGCGCUCUGGUGCUCACCGGCUACGGAGGCUAUGAUAAAGUCAAGCUGCAGGUGAAGAAGGGCAAGCCGGCGCUCAAAGCUGGCGAGGUGCUGGUCCGGGUCAAGGUCUGCGGGCUCAACUUCGCCGACCUGAUGGCGAGACAGGGUCUCUACGACCGGCUGCCGUCCCCGCCGGUCACCCCGGGAAUGGAGUGCUCGGGGGUGGUGGAGGCUGUGGGGGAAGAAGUCACUGACAGAAAAGUUGGUGAUAAGGUGAUGGUGUUGAACCGCUUUGGGCUUUGGCAGGAGGUGGCUGUGGUGCCCGCCAGCCACACCUUCCUUAUCCCGGACGGGAUGAGUUUUGAGGAGGCAGCUGCCCUCCCAGUCAACUACAUCACCGCCUACCUGAUGCUGUUUGACUUUGGCAACCUGCGACCCAACCAGAGCGUCCUCAUCCAUUCUGCUGCAGGUGGUGUUGGCAUUGCAGCCACUCAGCUGUGCAAGACUGUGAAAGACGUGACCGUGUUCGGGACUGCAUCAGCGAGCAAACAUGAGGCCAUCAGUCAGGGUGGAGUCACGCAUACCAUCGACUAUCGCACCAAGGACUACGUGGAGGAAGUCCGCAAGAUCAGUCCAAAAGGACUGGACAUCGUGCUCGACCCUCUCGGCGGAUCAGACACCCACAAGGCCUACAAUCUGCUGAAGCCCAUGGGAAAGCUCAUCACCUAUGGUGCGGCCAACAUGCUGGCGGGUCAGAGGAAGAACCUGAUCGCCGUGGCUAAGAACUGGUACCACCAGUUCUCCAUCCACACGCUCAGCCUUAUUCAAGGUAACAAGUCCGUGUGCGGAUUUCACCUGGGCUACCUGGAUGGGGAGAUGGAGCUCCUCACCCAGGCCAUGAACACCAUCCUGGACCUGUACAAGCAGGGUAAAGUCAAGCCCCGCAUCGACUCUACCUGGCAUCUUGAGCAGGUUGGCGAUGCCAUGCGAAAGAUGCAGGAGAGGAACAACAUCGGCAAAGUGAUCCUCACCACUGAGCCCAUGCCGGAGGAGGAGAAGAAGGAGGAGGCCAAGAAGGAGGACAAGAAGGAUGACAAGAAGAAGGACGACAAGAAGAAAGACGACAAGAAGAAGGACGAUGGAAAGAAGGAGGAGAAGAAGGAUGAGAAGAAGAAAGAGGAGCCCAAGAAAGAGGAGAAGAAGGAAGAGCCCAAGAAGGAGGAGGAGAAGAAGGAAGAGCCCAAGAAGGAGGAGAAGUGAGAGGGAAAGAUGGAUAGUCAAGCAGACCAGCAGCAGGGAGUUUGUGUCCUGGGAGCAGGGGAGGUGGCAGGGAUGAGCUUGGCGGUGGAGUUGCAGAGGGAUGGGGGUGGAGUGGUAGCGAAGAUGGGAAGGAGACGGGAUGAAUUUGAAACGAUCACUCCAGUCUCAGUCUUUUACCUCCCCUUUGCCUCACCUACUGGGUGAUUACUCAGGUCUGGCUGCUCCCACCUCCCCUUUUCCUCUUCUGUUCCAUAUAUUUACCUCUUAAAAAACAAAAAAAAAGAGAAAAAUCCGAUCCUUCAACCCCGUAUGUGCUCUAAUCUUAUUUCCCACCCCUCUCGCAGUAUUAAUCGAUUUUUGCUAUUGGGAAUCAAAGCGUCCGGAGAGCCGUGGAGGAUGGUGGGUUUGGUCCAAGCCUGGGGGCAAAUUACCAUCUCCCUGACAACCUUAAUCUCCUUUCACUCUCCGGCCCCACCCUUGACCCCCAUGCCCCCUCUGCAUCUCGACUCCCACCGCGCUAAAUUGUUCUGCUCUGACUUCCACCUGCCACCUCCGCUUCCCCCCCCCCCCCCCCCCCCCCUCACUGUGCUGAGUCCCCACCACCACCACACGCACCUCCCACAGCAUCACCAGCCGGACCCACAGACAGGCACCAAAGGCAGGCAGAUUAAACCGAGAACCACACCCACCCACUCGCACGUUUUUUUUCUGUGUUUUUUUUUUCUGUGUCCAGCUCAGUUAUGUCACUAAGGAUGAGUCAGAGAUGCCUCUGAUUGGCUGAUGCACCUCACCUCCCCUGGAGAUAUUUCCAUUGUAGUUUUCUGAUAAUCACGUUUAGCUAUUUAGGAGAAAAAAAAUGGCGUUAGAGCUACUGAGCAAAGGGAAAGCUUUCCUAUCAUCUUCCAAAUCAAGUUUGUGUCGCCGCUUUGCCGGAAUAUUAAUUUCCCCCCCUCCAUAAUGAGCCUUUCUGUGCUCUGCUGAAUAGAGUUGCUGAUAUUAUUUUCCAGCUUCCUUCUCCUUAGUUACAGAUUUUUCUAGCUGACCAACUGUUGGCAAGAAGUGCAGGGUGCCAAUUAAGAGAGAAAUUGUUUCUGUGCAAACACACAGACCAGACAUGCCGGCUCUAAAUCCGAUGAAAGAGCCACUGUCGCACCACCAAGACAGCGAGGCGCUUGAAGUGAGCAAAAGAAAAAAGGUUUACGUCUUAGUUUUUUUUUUUUUUUUUUUUUUUUGGUUUUGUUUUGCUUCGCUCCAGACUUUCUUUCCUCCCUGAUCCUUCGAGAGGAAUUUCACUGCAUACUUCCUUUCGAUCACGCUGACCCAGGAGAGGCGAAUUCAGCCGGCCCUGUUGUCCAUGCUUCGCCUCCUCCCUCUUCCUCCUCUUUCUGGUUCCCUCUUUAUGGUCGGCAUAGCAACAGGCGUCAGGCUCGUCAGAGAUGGCUCUGUGGUCUCUCUCAUUUUCUCUCUUCCAACUCCCUCUCUCUCUUUCUCUCUCUGUGUGUCUCCUUCUUUAUGCUCUUCUAACUGUGUGUUUGCUAGCAGUCGGUGCCGUCAGCCGGUAUUUCAACAGGUUGAAGAUGUUUCCGCGAUGUCAAACAAAAGAGAGCGGGUGAAGCAGCUUUCAAGCAUUUCACAUCGCUCGACCAAUCUGGUUUCGACCCAGUCUAAAAUCGGAUGUUUUAUAUUGACAGUUUGGCUCAUAGCCAGCUAGGGUUUUAUAAUUGUGGCUAUUAAUAGCUGAUAUUUAACGCCACGUCAGUAACUCUGACACUGAUAGUAACUGAAAUGCUCCUUUUAAUGAUUACGGGGCUGUGAAAAAGUAUUUACUCCCUUACAGAGCUCUUCUAGUGUCAAAGAGUUUUUAAUCACACUUAACUGUUCAUCAAGCAAAUCCGACAAAGAUGAUCUGACUGAACGGCAAAAAGGCAGUUUUCAAUGGAUGAUUAUAUUUAGGAAGCGAAAAAAGCUUUCCAAAUCAAUCUGGCCUUUUGUGAAAAAACCAAUUGCCUCCUAAAUCUAAUAACUCUAAGUCUAAAAACUAGUUAUGCCACCCUUGGCAACAAGAGCUACCAUCUAGCGUUUGUGAUAACUGAUACUGAGGUUUUUUUUUUACAUCUUUGUGAAGAAGCGUUGGCCCACUCUUCUUUACCUAGCAAGACAUCCAUGGAGUCAUUUUUCUCUUUCUUAUUGUUGAAUGCCAAACACUGACCUCAGCUGUGGAAAGUAAGGGUCUUGCUAUACAGGAUUCUUUGAGACCUGGAUGCAUUGUGACGUGCUAAUGCAGUAACUUUGGUAGGUCCAGUUUUCCUCAGAAGGUUUCCGGCUGUUCAGUGUUUUCUCCGUUUACGAAUUACGCCUGUCUGUAGCUAUUUGGAGUCCUGAAGCCUUAGAAAUGGCUAAUUUACCCAUUGAUAAUGAUGACGUGAACUUUUUUAGACCAGGACCUGGUGUGCUGCAUUUUAGCCAACUUCAGGUUGUCAGUCGGGUCCCGUAUGAAUGUGAUUCUUUGACUCUGGCGGAUUUAGUAGUAAUUGGUGCUCAGUGCGCCUCGUAAAAUUGAAAGGGGUCAGGUUGGUUUUGAUAGCUUUUCCAUUUUCUCUCUUUACAAAUUCAAUACUUAUUUGAAAACUGCGUUUUGUGUUUAAUGAGGCUAUCUUUGCCUGGUUUUAGGCUGUGCUUGAUGAUCUGAAACACUGUAACAAAAACAGAACAGAAGAGAUCUGCAGGCAAGCAAACACUUUCCCAAGGCACCGCGCCUACCAAAACGGUUGCAACAGGUUAUACUUUUUUUUUUUUUUUUAAAUCACUUUUGAUAAAAUGCAGCUUUUCUCUCUGCCUGUACUAUCUAGCUGUGCUACACAGUGUGGAUGUUAGCUAGUGAUAGCUUGUGUAAAGUUACAGUUGAGUCGCCGGGGGCCAUCGGUGUGUGUUAGUGGCACUUUGUGUUAUCAGCUUUAAACGUGACACCUGCCUGCCUGCCUGCCUGCCUGUCUCUGAGUCUGGCUUCACUGUUCAGACUCAGAUGGUGACUAGUGACUUUGUAAAAAACCAACAUAAAAAAUUGUUUCCAAAAAAAAAAAAGACAAAAAAAGAAAAAAAAAGGGGGGGAAAAAAGUUUUUGUGUUGGCAUGAGUGGCCUCCCUCAUGUGCUGUGUGUGGUGUGCCAUUGUGUGUGAAGACGUGUGUGUGUCCUCAGGUCGUUUGUCAGGUUUUGAGAACCCCUCCCCCCCUCCCCAACCCCCCCACCCCCGCCACAUUAUUUCCGCCUCACACUACUCAGCUACAAGUACGAUGUAGCUUCACACCGACCCUCCUUCCACCUCCGUCUCUCCCUCCUGUCUGAUAAGAGGCCUGUGUUACGAGGACAGUUGGUAUUAGUAUUUUUGCACUCUGCUCGCUGAUCUUAAUGCACUUGCAAGCAUGGCGGUGGCUCUCCAGUCCCACGCUGGCUUUGAGAUUCAUUUUUGUGUUUUUGUUUUUUUUUUAGCUUCAGAUUUGCAGCCUGUUUCUGGUCCUUGCGGAGCAGGUGGCACAAACACAUUCAAUUGUGUAAAGGUCCCCCUCAUUUGGGCCAACUUUUCAAAUGCAUUCAUUCAUCCUUGACUGUGGGAAGGAAAACGCGGAGCUGCGGGGAAAUGGACUGGAGUGCCACUGCCAUACCGGUGUGGGGAGUGAUUGUGCUCUGUCAGCCUCUGGUUAGUGUUCUGUUCUAAUCUGCUGGGCUCCCUUUGUGAACCUGUGGACGGUGCUUCUGUUCCGAGUGCCAUGUGAGAAACAAUUGCUUCAGUAAAAAAAAAAAGAAAGAAAAAUGUUUUACUUACUAUGUUAUUAUGAUUUACCUUAAUAUUUUUGUUUUAUUUUUUUUUGUUUUUUUGUUAUCCAAGGGUUUAAAGUUCAAAGCUCAUACAGUACUCUGUGGGGACCUGCUAACCUGCACUCCUUUUAAAUGUGAUAAAGUUUUUUUUUUUUGUUCUUUUUUUUUUUCUUCUGUUGGUCCAAACCAUGUGUGCCAAAUUGUAUGUAUAUUCCUCUGUCAAUGCUUUGAAUAUUAACAGUGCAUAAAAAUAUAUUUGAAAAAAGA